CCUUAGCAGUGCGGUGGUAAAUCGCGAUAAGUAAAAUACGUAACGAGCGAGAGUAGCCUAACAAAAUCAUAUUGGCACAUCGGGUUUCCCGAGUGUGCUGAAAGUACGUUUAAUUUUUCUUUUAAUGGACGCCUUCCCCGACUCAUUAUGGUAUCACGUUUGAUCGGGGGAGUGUUGUGCUGUGUUAUUUAUGGACUUUUCGCAGUAGAGUGCAAUGUAAUUGUAAGAAACCAAGACAUUUGCGGCAUCUACAACGGCCGAAGGCUGUACCUCGAGCUCGGGGAACAAGGAAUCCUCUACGCUAAAAAUGUCUCGUCCGUAAAAAACUCUCCGCGACAGCAGCAGCACCCACAAGGAUCGCGGUUGUACGCGACAAACAGUUCUCACGAGCAUUGCAGCUUGGAGCUCGUGACCUGUCCGUCCUGCGCCAUCACCGUGACGUUCAAGAGCCUGGCCUUGCCUCAUUCCUGCAGUGACAGUGGCAUGAUGAUGGACAGUCCGUGCAGGUGUGACUAUGUCUGGAUCUCAGAACCUCCUUACGAAGACAUCUCGGGAACUCCGUACUGCGGAUUAUACGCGCCAAUUACCUACAGAUCCAACACUAGAACUGUUUCGAUUACUCUCCUGUACAGUCAAUCACAUAACCACGCUUUCACGAUCGAAUAUGUCUCGGAGCGAAAUAGAGUUCAUUUAAAGGGAUGGGAUCCUGCAGUCACGAAAGGAUUUAACGGGACUGUCGGUGGAAUUCUUACCUCUCCGUUCUUUCCCGCCAGAUACCCAAGAGACUUAGGGAUAGAAUAUGUCAUCACUUGUCCGACUGAAGCGCCUUCUUGCAGAGUUCGGGUUCUUUUUAGCGACUUUCAAUUGGCAACUGUAUCGAUCAUUGAGUUUUAUGACUGGAAUGGACAAAGAUUAGACGUGAGCAGCGGUGCGAGAUUCAGACCGCCGAUUAUCGUAAGCUCGGGCCCGUCAUUGCUGAUACGGUUCUACGCGAAUGGAGGAACUGGACUAGGUUACAAGGCUUUCUAUUCUUAUGUAAUUGGGCACAGAUACGAUAAAGCGAUCCAGCCGAUCACCGAUUGUGGCGGAUAUGUCGAGAACUUGGGAGGUACUAUUACGAUGAUUGAUAUGGUUACCGAUGGAGUCAAGACUUAUGAUUGUGUUUGGCUGAUCCGGCCUCCUAAAAAUUUUCUUCAUAUGAAAACACACGUCUACCUCAAAAUAGUCACGUUUGCUGACAUGGCGGGUAAUACCGAGCUAAUAAUCAGACAAGGUCCUACAUCUGCAUUACUGCCGCUUGAAGUACUGAGACACCCAGCGAGUCAGCUUCAACCACCAAGAAUGAGAGAACACAUUACUCCAAUCGUCAAUGGGUUUCAUGUCAGCUUGAGGGGAACUUUUGGGGUCAAUUCAAAAGUUGCUAUUGCUUAUGCAGCUUUUGGUUACAUAGAUUGUUACGCGGGUUCUGAUUUUCUAUGUCAAAAUCAUAGAUGUAUUCAGAGUCAAUUAAAUUGCGAUGGAUUCGAUCAUUGUGGAGAUAACAGUGAUGAGCCUUCAACUUGUCUCAGAGAUUGGGGAAUGGAACCGCGAGACGGAAAAUGGCAUAUGAACAAAGCAAACUACUACUUCCCGAAAAUAGACAGGUAUCCCGACCUAAAAACAGCAACUCUGGUUUUUAUAGCCAGCAGCUUAGGCCUAAUUAUUCUAAUUUCGGCGCUGAUUGUCCUGUUGUACCGAAUGGGUGCUCGGUCGCGGCAGCAAAGAGAGCUUCAGUCGCGUCUUCAGACCAUCAGCGAGCUAUUAGAUCGGACAGUCUUCGAUAUUGCAGAUGGCGCCCGGAUCGACGAGGUUCCUGUUCACGACGAGCCGCCGGUCUACGAGGCACCGCCGGGGUACGAUGAAGUUAUUAAGGUCGGCUUUGAGAAUGAAGAAAUUAAGAGGAAAAAAAAACGCAACCUCCUCUGGGGAGCAAGAAAUAGAAGUUCACUUUCUCAUUGCUCGCAAGAAUUACCUACAUCAUCGAGUUUAAUUCUAGACCUCGCGGGAGUUAGCAGAAAUCGUGAAACAAUGUCAACCACCACGACAGCAUCAACUAUUACGACAGUUAAUCCUGUUGAAAGAAUCCCUGAAAGUCCACCUCCACCUUAUAUCACACCUCCUGGAAGUGUUCUAGAUAAUUACGGAAUAUGUCUAUCACGACAUAGCGUCACUCAUACUUCAGUACCAGUGAACCUGCGAGGUAAUCAUAUGCGUCGAGUAUGGAACCGAGCUAAUGAACUGCGUCAUUCGCUGCCGGAACCAGAUGAAGUUGCGGCAUUCCAGUCCAGCGAGUCCAUAGACUACGAGGCACUUGGUGCGUAUCUUCGGAAUUACACUCCACGAGGGAGUGCUUCUGUUGAAACCUUUGAUCCACAGCCGAGGAGCUUGCCAGAUGUUGGUCUAAUCACGAGCCAAAGAUCCAGCGGCGACUUCGUCGGGCUCAGGGACGUGGACGUGGACGGGGUCGCGGAAGACGAAGAAACAACUAACAAAAAUCGUCCCACUACCACUUACGACCGAGGUCAACCGCCCGGAUGUGCUUGUGAAGGAGCUUGCGGAUGUGCCAACAAUCAUAAACUGGUUCAAUCUGAAGAAAUAAAAGCUAAGGAAGAAUCUGAACUAAAAACCAAAAGAAUGAUUUUGAAGCUUUUCAAGUCCUCGAGCUCCCAGUCUACGAGUAAUCCCGACACUGAGGAGCCCGAGCCGUCUGCUGAAAACUCUAGUGACCAUAGGAGACCUUCAGUUUGCUCUGGAGACACUUAUAUGUCUUUGGGAACCAUGUUUAGUACCUGUAGCAGCCCUUACGAGUUAGAAGAACACGAUUUCACCUCGGAAACUAAUAGCAUUUUGGAAAAUGCGAGUAUUUUCUCAAAAACUCCAACGCGUACGCCCGUUAGGGCCACGAAGAUCACAAUCAACACUACCGGGGACUUUAGGUUUAGAAAUCGCAAGCACGCACGCAAAUACGCGAGCUGCGAUACUGAUAGUUUGUUUGAGAGUAUCAAGGCGCUGGAUAGUUUUCUCGAAAAGCGCAGUGUCUCCAUCGCCCAAACGAGAAAUACGUCUAACGUUACAACACCUUUUGGAACCCCAAGACAUCACAGACGACGAACUCUCAGGCAUCAUAGUAGCCAGCAUAGAAUUUUUAAUUGCGUUCGCGGGUGGAAGUCCAGCGAAGAUACUUCAAGUUGAAUUUAUUUUAUUUAUUUUUUUGAAGGCAGGGGACAUGUAUUAUUUGUUGUUGGAAUUUGUUUUUUAAUUUUAAAUUUUAUUUAGACUCCUGUGUACCUAAUAAUGAAAUAAAAAUGUUAUUUAUUUAAUUGAGUUUACUUAUUGAGCUGUUGAAGAUAUUUAUAGCCGGUACUUUGGAAAAACUUUAUGAGUCAAUUUUUGAAUAUAAUUUCUUUUAAGUUUAUAAGACGUGAUGUUUCAUCGCAGUGCCUUUACUAUAUACUUUAUUAUUAAAUAUUAUUAGUAUUAGAGUGAAGUUAAAUAUAGCCAAUUACAUGACAUUUAAUUAAUACUUCAUGAUCUUAACUUCGGAAGUUAUGAACUAGCAUUUACCUUCACUCGUUACUGUAAUUAUAUUUUAUGUAUUAUGAUUAGAUGAAGUAAUAAUAAUAAUUUUAAAUGGUAAAUAAUGAUUAUUUCAUCGAAUGCGUUCAAUGAUAAAUGGUGUCAAGACUAAAUAUCCACGCGUGAUUAAAUUGAUUUUAUUAUUUCUGUAAAAUAACUACACUAUUCAUAUUGUAUGUGUUAUUUUUUUAAUCAACGAUUCAAACAAGAUCUUAAAAUAAAAUAAAAAUAUUAUUCUUUACUUAGAAUCAAAUCGUCCUUCAUCGUAUUAUACAACCUCAACGAUAAUAUAAUAAUUGCAUAUUUUAAUCCAUGAAUUAAAUUUUUUUAACAAUUUACGUUUUCUCAGCUCAACUCCUUCAUUCGCUUAUUGUCUUCAAUAAUUUUUAUUCAUCACCUACAUAUAUACUAGCAUGUAUGACAGCAAGACAGCAAUUAUAAAUGUACAUCAACAAGUCUUGACAUUAAUCAUUAACUUGUUACUUUGACAGUCGAUUUGCAUUGUAUUAAUAAAUAAAUAUUUUAUUCUCUAUUGUUUUAUUUUUAAUAAUUAAAAUAUUUGAAAUUUAAUAAAAAAAUAAUGUAUAUUUUUAUAUGUAUUAAUUACAUUUAAUUGUAUAGAGUAUAAUAGAUAGGCAUUUGAAUCUAAUAAAAUACCAGAGUUUAAAUACCAAUGCAAUUCUUCGGGCAGUUUAUCAAACAUCGUGCUUACUCUCUUCCUCAAUAAACUAACAUUCGUGAUCAACUAUUUUCUAUUUUAUUUGAUAUUAUUAUUUUUUAUUUACUAAUUUUUUUAAAAAUGAAAAAUUUAUUAUUCGUGGAAAUAAAAAAUCAACGGUAAUACUGUCCGUCAUAACUGCUAUUCAUGAAGAUAAUAUUCAGUGUUCCACGCGGUGUCAUCAUAACUUAUUGACACAGUACUCAUUAGCGUCAUUAAAUUACAUUUAUAUCUAACACUUAGUGGAUGAAAAGUUCAUCAUCAUGAAUUAUUGUAGCUAAUAUAAUCAUUAGAAAUACUUUGUAGUGAACAAUCAAUUUUAUUAUUGCUUUCUAUCAGAUACUGGGUAAUAAAAUUGUUUACAACUUACUCAAGAACUUUGUAUUAAAAUAUAAUGUAUACGGAUGUUUUCUAAAAAGCUUAAUUUACUGUAUUCAGAAGGAACCUUGACUUUUGAUAAUCAAUAAAAUUUAUGUAAGAUUA